CCGAGCACAGCAGCCAGCGGUGACCGAGCAAGCACCGGACACACGGGUGCGCGCUGUGUGUUGGGGGAUCUCUCCCAGCAUAGCGUCAUGUCCCGGUCGAAGAUUUACGGAGCCUUGAGCUUCAUGGUGGUCCUGCAUGAUGGUAGCGGCUUCCUGGGGCCGGCGCUACGGGCAACGACGAGCGAUUUGUCGUUGCUGUCGCGAUCAGAAGCAGGUCUCCGGAGGACCGGCUGUGUCAAGCGAACAUCUUCAUCCAACCUUGGCGUUGCCCUGUCGCGGUCUUGCCUCUCCAGGAGUGAACGAGGCGGCAUUACAAUGAUGGCCAAGAAGCGGCGAAGGCGGAGGGUAGACGGAGGAAAAUCAGCAGCGAAAACCCCGCCGAAACCAGCCGUACCCGAACCCGAGGUGGACGUGGACGGGGAAGACGAGGAUGAUGAAGAUGAGGGUGGGGUUGUGAUGCCGCCGAUGCCAUCGGAACUGGGGGUGGACGCUGUGAUGACCGCACAGAAGUUCCAAGGCGAAGACAUGCUGUCGCCAGCAGCGUUCCAGCCCAAGCCGGAAGUGUCCGACCUGGAGAUGGCCGGUGGGGGAGGGCUCAGCGGCAGGGAUCUCCUGGAUGAACCUUCCACAGAACGAAAGAGGUCAAAGUACAGCGGGUUCGAUCUCGACGUCGAGCUGCCCAUGGAAUCGGAGAGCCGCAAGUCGGGCAAGGGCGGGCUGGGCUCCGUGAUGAGCCCCGACGGCGUGAUGCCGCUCCCUGACUUCCGCGAACUGGCCAAGAAGCCCCGCAAGAAGGACCGAGAGCAGAAGGCUACCAAGGUGGAUGAGGCUAACAAGGUGGAGCGUGGCAACAUGGCAGCGUUCACGAAGCUUUUGGAGCUCGACCCUGAGGCAGACAGCGAGGAGGCCCUCUUCACGACCGAAUCGUACGACGCGUUCUCAAGCGUCCUCGGCGAGGGGAAGCCCUUUGUGGGCAUCGCAAACUCGUAUCUGCAGUCGGGGCACACGGUGCUGCUGGCGCUGGUGCUGCUGUGUGGCUUCGUCGAGAUCCCAGGGUUCCCUUUGACAUCGCUACCGUACGACGUGCGCGAAUUCCUCAAGACGGGGUUGCUUGUUACAUACGUCAUCAACGCUGGCAUCGCGUAUCUCAGCUACCUGGAGGCCAAGAGGAUAGGACAGCCCGCCGGUUUCUGGGCCGUGAAAGGGUUCGUGUUGGGAGGUCUAUCUUUCAACGAGCUAAGCCAGAUCGAGCCUGUAAAGGUCAAGCCAACGGGAGGCAGAGAACGCCGGGGCUAAGGAUAAGGGGGGCAGUUUCUGGUGGUUGGUGGGCGGCGAAGCUCGAUAUAUGGGCGGGCUGAACUCGUGUCCUAUUAUUGGUUGCUGCCGAUUGCGUAGCUUUGAUACCGCAAGCCUCGGUCACCUGCUUUGCCAGUGAUUUGGGGUCUUGGGGCUAGAGGACCUGUGUCCUACGUUGCUGGCGAUUGCGUAGAUCUCAUUCCUCAAGCCUCAGCCACCUGCUUUGCCGGGGAUUUGGGGUCUUGGGGGCUAGAGGCAGGCCAUCGAUUGAAAGGCGCGAACCACGUCUUGUGUGUGUCGUUGGCCGCGCUUUCGGGUCGGCGUUUCCACUGCUAUCUGUGAACAUAGAAGGCUCUUUGCCCGGUGCAACAACGGGCGUUCCACUG